UAUACAAAGUGUAUAUAUAAUUUGUUAAUGUAUUCAUAUAUUAUGGCACAGCAUGUAUUCUUUGCACAUUUAAUUAUUACCCCAGCUGUUUUAAAAGUUAAUGUUUGUAUUUUUAAUUAUAAGUAGCAUGUGGAUCGUUACAUUUGAAUGUGGUUGUAAAUCAGCUCUCCAAGCGGUAACAAGGUUGACGGCACCUUCAGGGUAUUGGCAGACAUUGGUUGUCUGAAAUAGCGACUGCAGCUGGUUUAUGGUCGCGAUUUGGAAGGGUACUGCACCUGACUUGGUGUUUUUUUUUAUGAGUCAAGUGUACAAGGUGUACGUUUUUGGCCUCCACAGUUGUGGAGGCAAAAUGCUAAUCCCCUUUUUAUGGGAGGUUAGCGGACAUAUCAGUGGGUUCGAUUUCAGCCCCGGGUGGUAUUUCUCAGCCCAGUUUGCUGACACUCUUCAUCUGUAUUUAAUCAACACCACCUGAAAUAUUGCAUUCAAAUAGCUGGCACUCAGAUGUAGUCCAUGAAGAUGUUGAAUGGCUGACUGGCAGAACUGGCCACUUGGUGUUCAGGGAGACCUAUCUCUCCGCAUGGCCCCGCCUUCUCAGCUGGAAAAGCCCCUGGAACAGGCUGCCCUAGCAGAUCUCCAAAGGAGCACGAAGCAGCAUCAUCAUGCCCCUUUUUCAGGGAUUGCAGGAGAGCAAGCUGAUCUGCUAUGACCAGAAGAACCAGAGCUACACCUGUGAAUCGGGCCACUGCUGCGGAGAGUCCGAAUGCUGCGGCCACUACUAUCAGCUUUGGUGGUUCUGGCUGGUGUGGACCCUCAUCAUCACCCUGAGCUGCUGCUGCAUCUGCCACCACCGCCGGGCCAAACUCCGCCUCCAGCAGCAGCAACGGCAGCAUGAAAUCAACCUCAUCGCCUACAGGGAGGCCCACAACCACUCGUCUCUGCCUUUCUACUUCAGGUUAUUGCCCAGCUACCUUCUCCCUGCCUAUGACGAGGUGGUUAGCCACCCCCCGACACCGCCCCCCCCGUACAGCAUCAGGCCGCCCAGCCAGAUGGCCCCCCUGGACCCUUUCGUCCCCGAGCGGACGGACGAGCUCCAGCCACUGAGCAGCCCCAGGCCCCAUGAGUGUGAGCCCGCCCCUCCGGACGCCCACGAGGACGAGGCGUCCCAGCAGCUUCGGGAGGGCAAGGAGCAGACCCCAGGACGGCACCGGCGCUUCACGGGAGACUCGGGAAUCGAGGUGUGUGUUUGCAGCCACGGGCAGGGCGGCGACCCGCUGGAGCUGCUGGACUUCUGCGACAGCUGCAUUGCGGACAGCCCCGGGAACGAGGAGCCGGGCAUGGAGCCCAGGGCCCCUGGGUACCUCCUACACACCAUCAGUGAGCAGGAGGGACACAGCCAAGCCAGUAGCCCUGGCCUCAGAGCUGAGGUGGAUGAAGAAGACAGCAUUGUUUUUAUUUCCUGUGUGUGUGUGUGUGCGUGUGUGCGUGUGUGCGCGCGCGUGCGUCAAUAGUGAGGUACAUUCUGACUCAUGAGCAGGAUCCCGCAAAGCCUUCUCCCACAACAGGGCUUUCCAAUAGCCAAUGGGAAUGCACGAUCAGCUAGCAGCAGCAGACUGGCUGCCAGAGGUGACGCAGCUGUAAGUUGCCACUAGGGGGCCCCCUGUGGUUCACGGCCGGUGCUAGACCUGUUUCUGGCACGGUCCCGGGUCAGGUUAAAAAGGCCACUUGCACUGGUGCUCUGAACAACAUGUCUGGUUCAUUAGGUAAUGGCUUAACACCCAUUUAAGAUUUCUCAGAUAUGUGUAUUUAUUCAUUAUUAGCAUUCUAAAGGGAAAUGUAGGUUCAUCUACAGACAUUGUGGAUUUUAAUUUUCAUCACAUUUUGCAGUCUGGUGUGUCUGACAGUUCUUAUAACCAUGAGUGAUAUUAAGCUAUUUCUUACUUCAUGUGGCUACUUUUAACCAAGUGAAUGAAUAGACAGAAAAUAAGCACUCAAUCACAAAGAUUUUUCUACUUGUGGUUUAUAUAAGCAAAACAUCUACAUCUAUGGUCUUCGAUGUGCAAUUAUUUUAGUUUUGAAUGGAGUUCGUAUGUACGUCUGAUUUGCUUUUUUUGCUGUUCUACACUAGGCUUUAAGAGGUUGAAACCAGUUGUAGCGUUAAAUUGGUCGCUUGUGUGGUUGUUCUGACCAUGAGCAGUCAGCUCCAGUGAGGGAAACGCGGAAGAGCUCUCAGGUACAGGUGACACAGUCCCACAGAUGGACCCUUUAAGGUGGUGAUACACACAGCAACAACACAGUUGCCAACCAGGGGUGACAAAGGAAAGCUCAUCUGGAUCUGGAUGAUCACAAAAAGUUGCCCAUCUGUGAUCAAAGUUUUUCAAGUAGAAAAAUGUUGCCUAAAAUCAAUGGGAUAGAGCCCAAGCAACUUUACUCAAAACGUUGCCCUGUGUUUCAUCACCCUUACUGGUCUAGUCUGACUCUUUGAUGAGCUUUAACUACUUGGGGUUGUAGCUGAGCUAUUGAAAGCUUAUAGAGGGAUUGUCAUCUGCAUUUUUGUUCAGUAGAUAUUAGUUCAAAAUGUACCAUAAGUGACUAUGAUUGUCUUAAAUCCAAAUCUGUCUGAUGAGCUAGUUGUAAAAAUGUUUAUCAACCAUCUGGUUUUGCCUUAAAACUAAGAACUGGUUUAUGUUAUAAAGAAUCUCUCUUUUGUUAUAUAAUAUGCCACAUUGUUCCAGGGCAUCAAACCAAAAAUACUGUAAAUUCAGUUACUGUAAGUUGUGCAUCCCUUUUGUUAAUGUGACCAAAUGUCUCUGGGCUUCCUGUUUUAUAUUGGAAUGUGUUUUUUAUGUAGAACGGCUACAGCUGAAUGCUGAAUGAAGUGCCAGAGCGAGCCGGAGCUGGCAGCUGCCUUUCUUUCCUCCUCUGGCUGUGUGCUCAGCUAUAUUUUACUCUGAUUUCCCGUAGCAUUUUGCACAGUGCAAUUUACCAGCAUUAUUUGUAGCAUUUUGUAAGAUGUGAUUAAUGUGGAGAAAAUAAAAAGCCACAUUGUAAUGCC